UUAUGUGUACAAUACAUUCACAGAAAUAAAUUUUUGUUAUCUUAUCAUGUAGUUGAUUAAUUUUCGACGAGUUUUCUUCAUUUUAUGUUCAGUUUUACUUCAAGUGUCGGUAAUCAAACAAGACAGAAUUAAAAUGCCAGCAGUUUUAUAUCACAAUGCAUUGUCACCACCAAGUCGAGUGGCAUUAUUGACAAUUCGUAAUUUGGGUUUAGAUGUUGAGAUUAAGCACAUUGACACUUACAAGGGAGAACAGAACACAGUGGAAUAUUUAAAAAUUAAUCCAUUGCAUCAAGUUCCCGUUUAUGUUGAUGGCGACUUUAUAUUAACAGAGUCAAGAGCGAUUGCUUGCUAUUUAGCAAGUUCAGUGAAGUCGAAUCUUUAUCCAAGUGACUUGAAGAAACGUUCUUUAGUUGACUCACGAUUAUAUUUUGAUGCGACUAACUCAUUUCCAGUGCUCAGAGAUUUUGCUCGUCCCGUGUUACGAGCUGGAGUUAAGAAAAUCUCACAAGAUCGACGUGAAGCUGUAAAGGUUUUAUUAAAUUCACUCGAAUCAUUUUUAGAAAAGUCUGAAUGGUUCGCAGGUGAUGAAUUAACAAUUGCUGAUUUAGCUAUUCUUUCAAGCGUCGCAUCUUUCAAGGCAUGUGGUGUAAGCUUCGUUGAGUUUCCAAAAUUAUUCGACUGGUACAAUCGUUGCAAAGCUUUUCCAGGUUUUACAGAAAAUCAAGAAGGAGCUCAAAUCUUAGCUGAUAAACUGUCGAAGCUCCUUGAAGAACCAUUGUGGAAAUAAAUUUAAAAUUCACCCAAAUUUAUGCAAAAAUAAAAAUUACAAAUGAUCGACUUUUUGUUUGAUCAUUUCAUAAACUUUUCUGACGUAGUAAUUUAUUUGUACGACACUUUUUAACACUUAACCGCAAAGUUUUUCCAAAUUUAAUUGGAAAUUUGAUUGUCGUAGGA